AUGGCUUCGCCAUGUGGCCCUUCACCCGAUUUCCGCAAAGACGUCGAGGCGGUCAAGGCCAGCCCACCCACCCAGCCAGAAGGCCGCGCAGCGCAAUCAACCGCUGAGGAACCUCGCGAAACGGAAGCGGAGACACCGUUUUCGAUAUAUACCACGCGUGAGAGAAAGUGGAUCGCCUUCAUCGCUUCGUUUGGUGCCAUGUUCUCCACGCUCAGCAGCUACAUUUACUUCCCGGCCUUGGUGCCAAUGGCCGCGGAUCUCGGCGUGUCCAUCACACUCAUCAAUCUGACCGUGACAUCCUACCUGAUAGUCGCCGGCAUCGCUCCAGCCUUCAUGGGAGACAUUGCGGAUCAGGGCGGCCGAAGACCCGCGUACAUCUUAAUGUUUUCUCUGGUGGUCGGAUCCAACGUUGGCCUAGCGCUGCAAAGCUCGUAUCCUGUGCUAUUCGUCCUUCGCAUGGUGCAGAGCGCGGGUGCAUCAGGCUCGUAUGGCGCGGCGUACGGGGUACUCGCCGACAUCACCACCGUCGCAGAGCGCGGGUCUUAUGUUGGGUCCUUGAUCGUGCUCACUAAUGCAGCCCCGAGUUUUGGCCCCGUCAUUGCCGGGGUUCUCACCCAGAAGCUGGGUUGGAGAUGGAUCUUCUGGUUCCUCGUCAUCCUAACGGGCACCUAUUUUGUCGUCGUUGCCCUUAUGCUUCCGGAAACCCAGAGGAAAAUCGUUGGAAACGGCAGCAUACCGACCACGGGUGUCCAUAAAAGUCUGUUCGACACAUUGACUAGGGAUCGCAAGGAAAGGUUCGACCGGGGGCAGGAACCCCGCAGGGACCGGAAACAUCAUAUCCCCAAUCCGUUUAAGUGCAUUAUGAUACUUUUCUCCAAGGGGAACUUUACCGUGAUUAUGAUCGGUUCUAUCACCUACAUGGUCAAGAUGACGCUGCAGGCAUCCUUGGCAACUCAGUGUAUUGACGUGUACGGCCUAGACUACCUCCAAGCAGGCCUUAUUUACCUACCGUCUGGAAUAGGCGGAGCCAUAGCCUCCUAUGCUGCAGAGGCGCGGCUGGUCGGAAUAUAUACGUUAGCUCUCCUUAGUGCGGCAGGAACCGUUGGUUACGGGGUCACUCUCAUGAAGCGUACCCACAUUGCCGUCCCGCUCGUUAUGCAGUUUGUCAGCGGGGCCGCGACCUCCGCCAUAUUCACUCUCUGCGGGACUCUCCUCACCGAUUUGAAUCCCCAUGCGUCUGCCACAGUCCAGGCGUCUUACAACCUCGUGCGGUGUUUAGGUGCGGGGGCCGUCAUCGCAUCCCAGCAACCCCUGACGGACGCCGUCGGCCUGGGAUGGUGCUUUGGCAUCUUCGGUCUUGUUAUGCUGGCAACGGCUCCAUUAGCUACAGCUCUAAAGAAGUGGGGCCCGAGUUGGAGAGAAAAAGAAAUCAGCGGUACCGAGUAG